AUGCCAGGUUCAAGGCUUCAAAGCAUCAGCAAGGAUCUUACUGAUGAGAAAAACGAUUUGCCCCUGUUUGAUUUGGGUACUAUAGAAUUGGCCACAAACAAAUUCGCAGAUGGUAAUAAGAUUGGGACAGGAGGGUUUGGUUGUGUCUACAAGGUGAGCUUUCCUUUUUAUUACGCCUCCAAGAACACCGCAGGAUUGUUAUAUCUUCCUCGUGGAUGCAUUUUACCUCUGGAUCGUAUAACUGAGGCGUAGUACUAAUUCUCAAGCCUUCUUUACAACUUUUCAGGGAAAAUUUGUGGAUGGUCAGGAAGUGGCUGUAAAGCGGCUCUCUUCGCAAUCUGGAGAGGGGAUUGAAGAGUUCAAGACUGAGGUUAGGCUGAUUGCCAAACUCCAGCACAGAAACCUUGUCCGGCUUCUUGGAUGCUGCAUUGGAGGAGGAGAAAGACUGUUGGUCUACGAGUACAUGCCCAACAGUAGCUUGGAUGCCUUCAUAUUCGGUAGGAUUCUUGACUUUUUUUUUUUAUUGCAAUCAUAGGAUUAGAAUUUUCAAUAUUGUCCCAAUGCUUGCCCAGAAUGAUGCUAAUGAUGGUGUCACACCCAAGAUCCAGUGAUGGCCACGACUAACUUAUAGACAUCUACCAUUGACAUUAAAAGGAAUUGGAUCUUUUUUUAUGUUGACUCAAGAUCGAGCCUUUAUUUACAUGCAGGUGAUGAACAGAAGCGUCUGUUUUUGGACUGGGAAAAGCGCUUGGAGAUAAUCUUGGGGGUAGCCCGUGGGCUUCUCUAUCUCCACCAGGAUUCACGGCUCAGAGUCAUCCACAGGGAUCUCAAGGCAGCCAACAUACUCCUAGACGAGGCUAUGAACCCCAAGAUCUCGGACUUUGGCACUGCCAGGAUCUUUGGAAGGGAUCAAAUGGAGGACAACACCGUGAAAAUAGUCGGCACCAUGUACGUCCUCUCUCUUGGGCUAGUUAUUCAUUUUGGUUUGAUCUCAUGACGAACAGUGACAAUAUUAUUUUCGUUUUCACGAACGUUGCAGUGGAUAUAUGUCCCCAGAGUACAUCAUGAGUGGGAAUUUCUCGGAGAAGUCUGACAUCUUCAGCUUUGGAGUUCUGGUGUUGGAAAUCAUAAGUGGUAGGAAGAACCAGUGGAUCUCUCAGAAGAACUUCCACAUGAGGCUUCUAGCCAACGUAAGUGCAGAACAGCUAGACCCAUCUACCGAAUAGCAUUCCAUGUACCGCAAUCAUCGUUGGUCCCUAAAGCCCCAAGCGUAUAUAUAGUACUUACCAUUUUGGGAAACUUUCAUAUCAGGCUUGGAGACUCUGCACCGAAAACCAAUGUGAUAAGCUCUUGGACGACAUGCUGAGGCCUCCAAAUCAGCUCUCCGAUGUCCUGAGGUACAUACAGAUUGGGCUCCUGUGUGUGCAGGAGUCUCCAGACGACAGGCCGACAAUGCAAGAGGUAGUUUUCAUGCUGGCCAACAGGAAUUCUGUGCUGCCACGGCCGGAGAAGCCCGGGUUCUUUAAACCCACCAGCCUGGUGGCAGCAGCACAGUGGUUCGCCGACGGCCAUAAUCUAUCGCCCUCUGUGAACGUGAUUACUCUCACGAAUGUUGAAGGGCGCUGA